CCAGGCAGAAGGCUCCAUGGUAUGGGUGGCCAAGGGACAACAUUAACUUUGGCCUUCGCUACGGCCGACCCUCUUGCAUGGCAGCAACUGGGACCCCCACGAGCCCAUUUAUCCACCAAUCCUUCAUGAACAUUUCUCAACGAAGAGCUCCCCAUUCACGUCCAGAGACACCGGGAAUAUCAUACGCUGACUUUGUUAAGCAGUGGCAGGAUUCGCAUGUAGCGCGAUGGCUUACAGAUAAUAAAUGUGCUCAUCAAGCCCAGGCCUUUCGGGAGAAUGAUAUACGAGGCGAUAUUAUCCUAGAGCUGGACAUGGAUAUUCUCAAGGAAAUAGGAAUAACAUCUGUUGGCGAUCGCACACGUAUCCGGACUGCCAUUAAAGAAUUGAGACGACUUUGCUCUGGAUCCUCGUCUUCUUUCCAGACCGGACCAAGAGUUACGCUUAACGGAGCACACAAUGAUCUCAGAGGCUCCAAAUCGAGCGGGCUAGCUCACAAAAGCGAGAAUAGUCUACCGCAAGAUAAUUUGGAUGGCGCUCCUGUCCGGAAUUCGCGUAGUCGGCCUCCACCUUUACAAAUCGACAAUGUUCGUGAAAAGGAUCUCCCUCAGAUCCAAAGGAUUGAUUCCGCGCGUCUUACGGCAACGCCCACACCCAGGGCGCAGACGACCAAUACAAGGCACGCCGCGCCAUACGGCAGUAGUUCGAAUCCUAGCAAAAUCAACCCAUCAGUGAGCCCCCUUGCUACCAAGACCCGUCUAGGUGUUCCUGGGCCGGGUGCCCAGCGCGUGCGAACACCGACUGGUGAACCCUCCCAUCCACCUCCAUUCACCAACGACCCUUUGCCCCCGGCACCAUCAGUUUCACCCGUGUCGUCCUGGAAUACCGCUCCAGGUUUACCGCGAAAUCCUGCACCAGGCAACCUCCCAGGGGGUUCAUUCGCCCCUCGUGCUACUUCCCCUGUCCCUCCCAAUAGAUCACGACUAGCCAACCAGAACCCGUCUGCACACACUAGACAGGGCUCUGGAACCAACCGGUCAUACGGUAGUGGAUCAGGACAUCCGUAUAGCUCUUCUUCAGGUGCUUCUUUAGCCCCAGGCCCUGUCAACUCACAUAUUCUCUCACCUGUCUCCGAAAACUUUACAUCAGGAGGUGGUUAUUCAGUUGGCCGUGGUCCCUUCAAGUCAUCACAAGCUCAAGGUCUCAAGGACGAUGAGGUUAGGCGAAAAUUAAUCAAAUUCCAUUUUGGAGAAUCAAACUCUCGUGUCCUUGAAUUCAAAGACUCGGAGGAUGCCGCAGAACUCGUUGAACGUGCUCUGAAGAAGUUUGGAGUGCAGACUGUUGAAUCCCAGCCCCCCAUAGACGACAUAUUGGCCGUGGGUGGUUGGGGGGUUUAUCUCGGUUCCGAUACCGAAGCUCUUCCGCUUAGCGAGGAUCAGUUGAUGGCAUUGAUUCAUGACCCAGACCAUCAAGGUCGUGACUAUUUAUACCUCAAGCCACUUUCUAGUGGUAGACCUUCAAAGCUCGAAAGAAUUUUCGGAGAAGCCCCUCCAAUGGGGCCUACAAGUCCGAUCGAAGAAUCUCUCAAUGCACUAACAGCCAACCGUCUGGGCAACAAAAAGCUGAACCGAGCGAGUACAGUCAGCGUUCUCA